AGUAGCGAAUUUAAAAUAAAAAUUAUAUUUUCAAUGGAACCUUUAUUACUUACACUUGGCUUAAUUGUGCUCAAACAGAUGUUUCGUGGUGUGUUAAUUACAAUAUAGUAUGUAAUUAUUAAUAUGCACAAAUUUUAUAAGUGGUGUUCGGUCCCUCUGUGCAAAAACUCAACAAAAACAACACCUUCCAAAUUGUUUGUGUAUGUUCCACUGAAUAAAAAAAUAAGAGAAAAGUGGUUAACACUCGCAAAGCGAGACACAGCAUGUAUACCGACUUCCUGCAUGUGGUUUUGUGAAGAUCACUUUGAUAUUCCAAAUGAUAUGGAAAACUACAUGCAGUAUCAUGUGAUGGGGUCGGUGUCAAGAGUGCACAUGAAAACAGGAUGUAUUCCCACUAAAUUUGCAUGUCAACCAGACAGAGAGCAAUAUAUCACAGGGCAUAGGGACCUAUAUGAAAGUCCAGUGCACAUUAAGGAGCAGACAGAAGAUAUGCAGCAUUCUGACUGUCAGAUGGAGACACAGUGUGUGGAUCAAAUUAAAGAGGAGUCCUCAUGCUCGCAUGAGGAGUGCAGCAUGAGUAAGGCAGUGAUGCUGGCCAGCCUGUACACCAACCACAAGCCUUUAUGUUUGGACAGCACAGGCUAUGGUGUAAGCGAGGCAGAAAAGCUAGCUGAUGAGCUAAAGGAGGAGGCCCUGUCAGACGGCAUGGAGUGCGGCAUGACUGGCAUGAGCGAGUCGACCAUGCUGGCCGGUGCGGAUACUGACCAUGAUGUAAAGGAUGGGCUUGUGCUGGGAUCAGAGCGUGUGAAGGAAGAGCCUUCAUUGUCAGAGAGCGUAGAGUAUGGAAUGAGUGAGGCGGCCAUGCUGGCAGACCUAUAUGCUGACCACGUCGUAAAGGAUGAGUUAGUGCUGGGGCCGGAGCAUCCACAUCGGCCAGAUGUAUCUCUGGUAGUCCUCGACUGGGCGCUAGCUGACGAGGACGGUUGCCUGCAGGAGUCUCAGGAGCAUACCUCACAGCCGGCACUGAAGGACUGCUGCGUAAGGCUCGAGCGCCUCCACCACGAAGCCCCUGCUGAGCACAUCAUACAAGACACCACUCACACUGACAGUAAACCUUAUACUGAAGAUAAAAUUUACACUAAAAUUGACUUAUUUGAAGAAAAGCCGUUACAGGAGCGCGUCCUUAGUCGAGACUCUCCGCUCGCGCUCCGAGACUGCUGCGUGCGGCUUGAACACCUCCAACACCACGAGGCGCUCGCCGGCAACGACACAACACAUACUGACACGGAAUCUGAUACUGAAAACAUAUAUGCUAGAGACUGUAUCAUUAACAAUCGUACAACAACUAGUGACACAGACAAUGAUAAUGAAAAUAUAUAUGCUAGAGACUGUAAGAGAAUGUUUAUAUGCGAUCUUUGUGGCAAAAAGUUCGCUUUGAAGGCGGGUUUAAUGAAACAUGUUGUAAUCCAUAUACAUGUACCUGCUAACGCUGGAUCGGUUGAACCAAAUAAUUCAAACUACAAAGUAAGCACUAAUGUCUCGAAGGAUAACUCAGAUAUAGAUGAAUAUGUGUGUGACACUUGCAGAAAAACAUUUCGCCGCAAAUAUGACUUGAUUCGUCAUAUACAAAACACGCACACGCAAACAAGUUCUAAAAUAAUAAAAACAACCCCAACGGUCUAUGAAUGUAAUAAAGUAGAUAAGAUAACAUAUCCCUGCGACACAUGUGGAAUACAUUUUACACAAAAAGUGUAUUUGAUUACACAUAAACGAAUUCACACAGACAAAAGGCCUUAUUCAUGUAACAUAUGUGAAAAACGUUUUAAAACUUCUGGUUGUUUGAAAAUUCAUGAACGUGUUCAUACUGGUCUAAAGCCAUAUUCUGGCGAACCGUGUAACAAGCAGUUUCAGGAUGUGCGACUAUUAAACAAACAUAAAAAAGUUCAUACAGGUGAAAAACCAUAUAUGUGCGAAAUAUGUAAAAAACAGUUUUCGAACAUACUGUCUUUAAAUAUACACAAAGUUACCCACACGGGUAUUACGUGUGAAAUUUGUAAGGAACAUUUUAGGCAAUGGGAACAAUUUCGAAUUCAUACGCGAACUCACACAGGCGGGACGAUAUAUACGUGCGCGCUAUGUAAUAUGAAGUUUGCAAGUGUCUGGAAAUUCAAUGCGCACAAACGAACACAUACAAACGAGAGGCCAUACGCAUGUGGAAUAUGUGAAAAGCGGUAUACACGAGCUUCUCAUUUAACGAGACAUAAUCGGUAUCACACUAGUGAAAAACCGUUCUCCUGCAAGAUGUGUGAUAAGAAAUAUUCGGAACGAGAUUCUUUGUGCAAACACAUACUAAGCCAUACUGGAGUUAAGCCUUAUUCUUGCGAAAUCUGCAAAAAACGGUUCUCGCAAAAGAGCAGUUUGAACAGACACAUACUAAGCCAUACUGGAGCGAAGCCUUAUUCUUGCGAAAUCUGCAAAACACGGUUCGCGCAAAAGAGCAGUUUGAACAGACACAUACUAAGCCAUACUGGAACGAAGUCUUAUUCUUGCGAAAUCUGCAAAAAACGGUUUGCGCAUAAGUGCAAUUUGAACACACACAUACGAAGCCAUACUGGAGCGAAGCCUUAUUCUUGCGAAAUCUGCAAAAGACGGUUCGCGCAUAAGUGCAAUUUGAACACACACAUACGAAGCCAUACUGGAGCGAAGCCUUAUUCUUGCGAAAUCUGCAAAAAACGGUUCGCGCAUAAGGGCAGUUUGAACACACACAUACGAAGCCAUACUGGAGCGAAGCCUUAUUCUUGCUUAAGAUCAGAUAUUUUAUGA